UUUAAUAUCACAUUUUAAAAUAGUUUUCUUCUCCCUAAGUUUUCUUCUAUCCAUGUUAUCCUUUUCGUCAAGCAUAACAUAAAAUACCAACAAAAAAACAUCAUAGAACAGAACAAAGGAACAGAUUGAUUUAAUGAAUUCCACUACAUCAAUAGUUUCUUUGCCGGAAGACUGUGUUUCUGCAAUCUUGUCACGUACAUCACCACAAGAUGCAUGUAGAUUUUCAAUGGUUUCCAAAACUUUUGUUUCAGUUGCAAACUCUGAUUUGGUUUGGAAAAACUUCUUGCCCUCUGAUUACAAGGACAUUCUCUCGAGGGCUGUGAAUCAAUUCACUCUCAAAUUCAUCUCUUCAUGUAAACAACUCUAUCGCUUUCUUUGUCGUCCAGUUCUUCUUGACGCUGGUAAUAAGAGUUUUAAAUUGGAAAAGUGUUCGGGUAAAAAAUGUUACAUGAUGUCAGCAACAGAGUUGUCAAUAGCGUGGAGCAUUGAUCCAAUGUUCUGGACUUGGAAAUCAAUCCCUGAAUCAAGAUUCUCGGUGGUUGCUGAGCUGAGAACGGUGAACUGGUUAGAAAUAGAAGGCAGAAUGAGAACAAAUGUUCUAACGCCAAACACGUCAUAUGGAGCAUAUUUAGUAAUGAAAGUUUCUCAUCAUCGAGCUUAUGGACUGGACUUUGCUCCUUCAGAAGUAACAAUUAAGAAAGGAAAGAUAGUAAAGAGAGGGAAAGCAUAUUUGUGUGAUAAAGAUGAGAACAAGUGUAAUAUGGAAGCAUUGUUUUAUGGAAACAGAAGAAAUAGAAUGGUUCAAGAAAAUGGAGAGAAUGUUAGAAUGCCAUGUAAAAGAGAAGAUGGAUGGAUGGAGAUUGAGAUAGGUGAAUUUUGUAGUGGUGAAGGUGAUGAAGAGAUUGAAAUGAGUGUUGCUGAAGUUGGUCAUCAGUUGAAGGGAGGACUUGUUCUUGAAGGCAUUGAAGUCAGGCCCAAACAUACAUAAUGUUAACGUUGGCUGUGUGUAUAUAGUUAGAUGGGAAAAAAAAUGAAUGUUGUGUGUUUCACAGUUUCAUAUGUAUUAAAAAGAAUAUGAUAAAUGAGAGAAUAUUUUAUUAAAUUAGUCUUUUAACUAUUUCUGUAUUUUUAUUAUAGUAAAUAUAGAGUGAAAAAUAUUAAUAUUAGACGGAUAAAGUA